AUGGCCAACCGAUCCCGACGGAACAAUUUACGCCUCCGCGGGCUCCCAGAGACCGCCGGGGAAGGCCCACUGCAGGACCUACUCCACACCAUCCUCAAACCUCUCCUCCCUGAUAUGCCAGACCACCUUUGGCACAUUGAACGUGCCCACAGAGCGCUCCGUGCCAGGCGGGCAGAUCAGAACAGCCCCAGGGAUGUCAUCAUGCGCUUCUUCUAUUUCCAGACUAAGGAGGCCCUCCUGAAGAAGAGCAGAGAAACACCCAUCCG